CACAGAGUUUCUUUUUCCCCUUCGUUGGAAGUGACUUGUUGUUAAAUGCAUGAACAUUGCAGAAUCCCAGAGAUUCAAGCAUGGCUUGUGAAGAGUAGCACAUUUGAGCAGCCUCUGGAAAAAAAAUCAGAAAAGAACCAUCCUCGUGUCUAUUUGUGGCAGUUUUCCUAUUUGAUCCCACAGAGCAUGUAACCAGCAAAGGCAUUUGCUCUGCGUAGUCUUUUUGAAGAUUUGUCUCCUGAGCCACCAUGCUGGCAGAAAGCUUCCUCACUAUCUUUGCCUAUAAACACGAGCUUUUGGACUCCCGUCAAGGCCAGCUGCUGAAACCUGUUGGACAAGAAACUUGGCAAAGCCAGUUUGCAAAUACAGAUGAAAAUGAACAGCUCUUUACGGAAUCCAAUCAGGCAGCGGCUGAGAAGAUGGCAAGGAUUCAUGGUGGUAACAUGGGCUCCAAAGGUCCUCAGCAGAUCCCUGGAGAAGAUGCACCAAAGAACAAAACCCACAAAAUAUCCCUGUCCGUUCCUCAGCGCAUAGCAGUUCAAGAGCCGCACUGUGGGAAAGAUCUGGAUUUGUACAGAUCUUGGUCAUGCCAAAGUCUUUAUCAGAAUUAUCCCGACCUUCAUAUCAGAGGAGAUCAUAUCGCUGACCAUACACCCGAUUCCAAUCGCGUGGUGGACCAGACUUACAACACAUUGUCUGGUCCCAUGUUCUCCUCCACAGAUCUCCCCUUAGAUACUCCCUUCCCAUUACAGAAACCCAGGGUGCUAAAGUUGGGGUGUGGUGAUGAGGUUGGCGAGAACAGCCUGGCUAUCCGUAAGGAGCCCCUUUCUAACUCAUUGCUUAACAAACACAUGGAAAAGGAAAUCCAGGAAUUCUAUAAACAGUUUUUGGAAGAGAAGUUGACUCACUGCAAUUCCAUCACCCACUGCCUGAUGUCGAACGGUCUGAUGAGUAACCUUGGUGAGGCCCACCACCCAUUGUCUCAUGGACACCAACAAACGCUCAAGCACUCUCUGGCUCGUCUGGGCUUGCACAACACUAGCAGUGGAAACAGCAGUGAACUUAGCACGCCAAAUUUGCAAAUCUCCGCCCCGCUUUGCAACAGAAAAUGUCUGUGAUGCAACGUGCACCACGAGGGAAAGCAAUAGAUCCUUUAAGACACAAACAAACGGGACAGUCUUUGGUUUUAAUACUAGAGUGGACAAGCUUUGAUGGGCAAGCUUUACACCUAAAGUUUCUGGAAGUACAGCAUUUAGCAGGGCAACAACCUAUAUACAAUGGAACCCUAUCAUGUAUAUAAAAAAAUCUGAGAACUUCUUGAAGGAAACCUAGGCAUUACGAAGCCUAUUUUAGGGUUUAUGUUGCAUUGUUUUCUGUGUAUCAGUGAUUUUUAGCUAUUAACAAAACAACAGAUCAACAGAAUAACAGAGUUGGAAGCGACCUUGGAGGUCUUCUAGU